AUGGCGACGAACGCGCCGCAACCGCCGCUCGCGCGAGACGCGGCGGUCGAUCUCGAGUGCGACGACGAGUUCGAGGAGUUUACCGCGAAGAAGUGGGACGAAACGCAAAACAACGCGACGACGAGGGACGCGACGCAGUGGGAGGAGGAUUGGGACGACGGCGACGUGCGCGACGAUUUCUCGAAACAGCUGCGCGCGGAGCUGACGAGGGCGGACGGGAAGUGA